GUGUGUGUGUGUCUCUCUCUCCCUCUGUUUCACACAAGAGGAGUCAGAUGUAGCUUCUCCCGGUUUUUUGGGGGAGCUACCGAGAGGUGGGCAGGGAGCGAGCCGUUCAUCGGGGUUACCGUCUUUGGAGGGAGCAGCACUUGCUCUCACACAGACAGGGAGAGAGAGGUGUGGGGAAGGAUAUUUUUUUUUUCUUUGCCGGAUGAAAAUGUUGAGUCCUGCAAACGGAGACCAGCUUCACCUAGUGAACUAUGUGGAGGAUUAUCUGGACUCCAUCGAGUCUAUGCCCUUCGAUCUGCAGAGAAAUGUCUCCUUGAUGAGGGAAAUUGACGCCAAAUAUCAAGAGAUUCUGAAGGACCUGGAUGAUUACUAUGAAAAAUUUAAACGAGAGACAGAUGCCGUGCAGAAGAGAAGAAUGUUGCACUGCAUACAGAGAGCCUUGAUUCGGAGUCAGGAACUGGGGGACGAGAAGAUCCAAAUUGUCAGUCAGAUGGUGGAGUUGGUUGAGAACAGAACCAGACAAGUAGACAGCCACGUGGAACUGUUUGAGACUUGUCAAGAGACUAAUGAUACCACUGGAAACAGCGGGAAAGCCAGCCAAGAUAAGUCAAAGAAUGAGACAAUCGCGCAGGCUGAGAAGCCCAACAAUAAGAGAUCGAGGCGGCAACGAAAUAAUGAGAAUCGAGAAAAUGCUUCGAAUAAUCAUGAUCAUGAUGACAUCACCUCAGGAACUCCAAAGGAGAAGAAAGCAAAAACGUCCAAGAAGAAGAAACGAUCCAAGGCUAAAGCAGAGAGGGAAGCUUCCCCUCCAGACCUUCCUAUUGACCCUAACGAGCCAACAUACUGCUUGUGCAACCAAGUCUCCUAUGGAGAAAUGAUAGGAUGCGAUAAUGAUGAGUGCCCCAUUGAGUGGUUUCACUUUUCCUGCGUGGGACUCAAUCAUAAACCAAAGGGCAAAUGGUACUGCCCCAAAUGUAGAGGAGAAAAUGAGAAAACUAUGGACAAAGCAUUGGAGAAGUCUAAAAAAGAAAGGGCCUACAACAGGUAGUUUGUAGACUUUUCGUAGUGAAGAAAAAUAAAACCACCAAACCAGUGUAUUUAUUGUCAGUGUCACCUUUGUUGAGGUGAAAGGAUUGUAAAAUGUAUAUUUUUAAAGGAGGUUUAAAACUGAACCAUUCCUGUUAUAGGGACGGCAAUAAGCAAUUUUGUUUUUCAUUUGGUAAACUGUAACAAGACUGUGGUCUGUGGACCAAUGUAUUCCAAAAGUAAAGUUAUAAGAGUUUAAACUGAAUAUUCGAGUGGCUCUUCAAAGAUAAGUUAAUACUUUUUUUUUUCCCCAGUGCUGGUAGCACUCUACCCAUUAAAAUUUUGAUGACAAAUAUCUCUGAAAUGUAAUUUUGUUUUCUUUAUUGAAGAAUGUUAUUCACCUUUUGAGCAAAAUUGUUAAAUAGUUCAGCCAUCUGGUUGUAUCUGAAUAAAGCUGCAAUACAUUACAAAUGUAACUUCUUUCGAUGAUAAGCAGUGCAAGAGCAAACAAAAGGAGGGUAAAAUUUGGUUCCUGCUACAAAGUGUCAGUAUAACAGUUCAAUAGCAAAUGUUUAAAUAGGCUUAGAGGAUUAUUUUUUAAAAAAAAAGUUAAUGGUUAAAUUUUACACAACAAAUAUUUUAUAUGCUGGCCAAGUACCACAAGGGCCAUUUUAAAAUGAUUGAGUAUGUUUUAUAUUUAACCAGGAAGUGGUUUAGUAAUGAGAGUUAACAUAAAUGAA